AUGGUGCUCCAGGGCGAGCGGAUAUUCAAGGAAGUCGACGUAGGAAACUUUCAUGUACAGAAAGGAAGACAAAGGGUUCUCGAACUCGGCGACAAUCCCCCCCCUCGAAUGGCACAUUGGCGAAACAACUUGACUGCACUAUCGCACGACUUUAACCUUUAUUUUGCCGCAUAUGGAGAUAAGAUUCAUAUCACAAGGCCUUAUGAUCUCUGCCAAACUCUCUCUAUCAUUCCCGACCUAGUCCUGCACCUUCCGAGUAGUGCGCAGGGAAUCAAUGUUGGAGGCUACAUCGACCAACAUCGACCUCAUAAUGUCAACAACAUGAAGAUCGGAAAGCUUGGAGAUUUUGAAAUACUGUUAAUAGCUUGCGAUGAUGGGGAUGUUAUUGGUUAUUACACACGAGUUUUGGAGAGGGAAGUUGAAGAAGGUGGUCGUCCACCUGGUAGUGAAUGCGACAGCCCGACAAGUUACACUCAGCCGUUCUUCCAUGACAAUGUUGGGAUCAGUGCGUGGGGUCUCGCCAUACACCAAGUAUCUAGAUUGAUUGCGGUUGGGUCCAAUCACCGCGAAGUUACUGUCUUUCAACCGGCUCUUUCAGUUGGCUACGACAGACAGACAGGCAGUCGGUACUUUCAAGACCGCACAGGCAAUAGUUGGCCAGGUCGCUCCUUUCCUUCCGGGGCUAGCCGUUUCACACCUGUCGGAAAAUUAGAUCUUGGGUCAGAGGCACUGGGAGACUUCGAGCACAAGGAUUGUCGGCUGACACUGCCUUUGGGACCGUCUGGCAGCAAUAUCCCUUCUAUUGAUUUUGUCAGCGAUGAGAAUGGUGAAGCAGGCGUAGUUUUGGCAACCGAUGUCAACGGCAAACUUUGGUCUCUGAAUCUAUCCAGGCGAGAGACUCUGGAAUGGCCAGAGAUUCAUCAGGAACCGGGCUUCGCACAGGUAUUUGAUGAGUUUGAAACCCGAGGCUGGGGUGUUUUGUGCAUCCCAACGAGCUAUUUCAUGCUUGUUAAAUCACCCCAAGAAGCUCUCGGCGUCACGAAUUUGGAUUCUGUAAUCAAACUUAAGACCGAAUCAUCAACACACUGCUUGCAAUCACUGGAUAUUAGUUCUAGUGUGCCUUCUCUCAGGAAUAGUUCCAUGGUUCAUCCUUCGUGUUCUUUCUUCCACCCUUCUUAUCAACCUCUUCUCAGUGAACUCGUACUCGAGACUUGUCCGACUCCUCCAGUCCAAUCAGGAUCAUCAUGGAGUGUUGUGCAUUCGUGCAUCCUGGACUUGCUGCAAAACUAUCGGAUUACGAAGCAUAUGGUAUAUCAACCCACCUCGGUACCUGAGUGUCACGGAGACGACUGGGUAGAAAGGCUGAUGGACAUCUUGAGGUCUGAGAAUUGGUAUUCCGAUGCUGUUGGAGAAUGGAUGCUUGAAACUCAUUCCAGAGUCACCCAUCACUGGAAGGAAGGCGGAGCAUUCUUCGAUGCUAUCAAAGCUCUACAAUUUCUACUCCAAUUGCCGAUAGAUAUUCGAUAUCGGAUUAACUCUUGGGAGGGUCUACACAAAGCAAUGGCAGAUGGCGAAGUAUUUGGAAAUGAAGGUCUGGAACUGACAAGAUUGUCACUCGCUCAGGUCAUGUCUCUCAAGAAAAAGAAGCAGGCGAUCCCUCACCUACAAGAAGGCAACAUGGCCGUCAUUAGAACCAGUGCCCACGACAUUGAAGUUAUACCACCGAACACGAACAUGAUCAGCACACUCUGUAGAAAUUUCCUACAGCAGACAUUACCACACGAGAUCCUACAAGACACUCUUGAUCGAUUCGACCGGCUGAAUAUGUUUGCUGUAAUUCCUGAGUUGUCACUCUUGGUUGUCGCCUCACAGAAAGGUCGCGUGGCACUCUUCACGUUGACGAGACUCGAGGAUGACUUCUCUGAUGUUGGCCCUGUGCUGAUGAUCCGCCUUGACCGGAUUUUGCCACCAACAGAGCAUGAGGUGGAUUUCCGACCCAAUGUGCCACUGUUGGGUAUGGCUGUUGGGCCGUUGCAAGGCAAAGAUAAGGACGGAGGCAUGCAGAGGAAGAUUUGGAGGCUGAUAUUGCAUUAUAUGGAUCAUACGGUAUUGAGCUAUGAGUUGAAGAGGGGAGGGGAUGCGGAUGGCUUAGUGGUUCUUUGA